AACACGCUCUGAGUGCAGCAGGAACCCACGUGUUCAGCUACCAGGGAAGCACUAAAUCCUGAAGCUGCUGGGAGCGUUCAAGUGUUUACAGCCUACUUAUACCUGCUCUGACUAAACACUUUUGUUUUAUUAUACUCGGGGAGACUUUCCAAAAUGUCGUCCUUCAGAAAAGCGUUGAAGUCUCGACAGAGAAACCACCAUGAAAGAUCUCAGCCUGGUUUUAGGAAACAUUUGGGAUUGCUGGAGAAGAAGAAAGACUACAAACUUCGUGCAGAUGACUACCACAAGAAACAAAACACUCUUUCUGCUCUGCGAAAGAAAGCUCUGGAUAAGAACCCAGAUGAGUUUUACUUUAACAUGAUCAGCUCUCAGCUGCAGGAUGGAGUUCAUGUAGCAAGAAAAGGAGAGGCGGAAGAGAUGACUGAGGAGCAGAAGAAAGUGAUGAGGACACGGGAUAUCAAAUAUGUGGAGAUGAAAAGACUUGCAGAGGCUAAGAAAAUUGAAAGGCUGAAAGGAGAGCUCCAUCUUCUGGAUGCAGACAGAAAACAAGAAAACAAGCACACAUUUUUUGUGGAUACCAAGAAAGACGUGGAAUCAUUUGACCUGGCAAACCACCUCAACACGGCACCAGAGCUCGUAGACCGAGUGUACAACAGACCAACUCUGGAGACUCUGGAGACUAAGACCAUUCAGGGAGCUGUAGAUCUUCACAGUAUGAAGAAGUUUGGCAGGCAGAGGAAACACCAGUAUAAGAUCCUGUCCCAGAGGAUUGACAGGGAAAAGAAAAUGUUUGUAAUCACCCAGAAGAUUCAGACCCGCAAGGACCUACAGGAUAAGAACAAGAAAGUGAAGGUCAAAAAUGAGACCACCAACACUGCAGCUAUCUACAAGUUUGAGGCCAAGAGAAAACGCUGAGGGG